AUUCUUCGACAGUCGGUACAGUUGUUCUGCCAACCGAAAACAAUCCAAAUCCAUUCAACAAUGUUUGCCAAAAUCAUCUUCUUCUUCGGCCUGCUGGUUGCUACUGCCUACAGCAAACCCGUCUUUCCGCUGGCCUACUCGGCUCCUCUCGUUGCCGCUCCCUCCGUAGCGGUUGCUUCUCCACUGGCCACUCCAUUCGCCACGGCUGCCUACACUGCUGCUCCCUAUGCUGCGGCUUACACAGCUUCGCCAUACGCAUACAGUGCGUAUCCUUACGGUACCUACGGGUCGUUGCUGUUGUAAAAUGAAUCUUUCUGCCGGGAACACACCACCGAGUGAUCGGUUGAUUUUGGUUAUGUUUUGAAAAUAAAAUCACUAUUGCAAGUACAAA